AUGGGCAAAAGAAAGAAGGCAGCCAAAAAGCCGACAGGCCCCAAGAAGAACGAACCCCUAGCAACAUCCUUCUCAUGUCUGUUCUGCAACCACGAAAAGGCCGUCACCUGCAAGCUCGAUAAGAAGGCCGGCAUCGGUUCCCUCUCCUGCAAGGUCUGCGGCCAGACGUUCCAGGCCAAUAUCAACUAUCUAUCGCAUGCGAUAGACGUCUACAGCGAGUGGGUAGAUGCCUGUGACGAGGUUGCGAACCCGAAAGAGAAGUCUACGGGCCGCUCCGCUGGCGGCGGCAGCGGCGCCCGAAGCAUUCAGCAGAGUCGCGGCCGGAUCGAGGGCCCAGAUGACGAUGAUGACGAUGAUGACCUCGGCGGCGGCGGUGGGGGAUAUGGGGAUAUGGUGGGGAUCGUCCCGACAGACUCUUGGGCUGGAUGA